UUUUUCGGAGGACAAAAAGCCGCUCUUGAUGUGUAAAUAGUGUUCGUCUAGUCAAAUUCUACUUUUGCUAUCUUGCUUUAGUUAGACUUAAAGCACCUUAAAAAAAAUUGACAUGGAAAGAAUCAACUUAAAAAUAUUCUUGAUAUUGGUGUGCAUCAUGGUGCUAAUCUGUUUGAAAGAAAUAAUAUGGACCCAGCAAAGAGGAGGAAGAAGACACUACCAAACAGAGUCAAAUCAAAGCCAACCGUUUAACAAAUUAAACACACUGAAAGAUAAAACUGAAAUUGAAUUUAUCGAACUUCUAAAUAAGAAAGACCAUUUGCAAUCAGUUAGAAAACCUACAGGCAAAAGCAGCAACAAGGUAGCUAGUGAAGAAACACAAGAAGAAAGAAAACAACGAUUAAAAAAUUUCUGUCGAACUAAUAAAUCUAGGUCAACUUGGCAAUACAGUCAUCCUGAACAAAGACAGAUAUUAGUUAGUGAUAAACAGGGAUUACUUUACUGCACAGUGCCAAAAGUUGCUUGCACAAACUGGAAGCGAAUGUUUCAGGUAUUUGAAGGACAAAUGAGAGACUUGUUUUCCAUAAAAGACAAAGACAAAAUACACACAUUGAAAUACAAAACUUUUUUUGGUAUGACAGAACACGAAAAGUUAUGGAAAAGAGGUUCAUAUUAUUCUUUUAUGUUUGUUCGACAUCCAUUUGAAAGGGUUUAUUCCGCUUACCGUAAUAAAUUGGACAAACCAUUUAGUCAUUAUCAUCAAAAAGUUUACGGAUCUCGAAUUUUAAAAAUGUUUCGUUCCAACUUAUCAGAAAUACAGUAUAAAAAAGGAGAGAAUGUCACUUUUGUCGAAUUUCUAAAAUUCAUAACAAAAUCCUACCAAUCAGGUGGCUACAAAUCAUUGGACGAGCAUUGGCAAAUCAUGACAAAAAUAUGCGUACCUUGUUCAAUGAAGUAUGACUAUAUCGGUAAGAUGGAAACUUUGAUAAAAGACGCAAAUAAUGUGUUAACUGAAACAGGUUUAAAUGGUAAAUUUGAAUUUCCAUCGAAAGCACUUGAUCACUACAAAGAGAAUGCGAGCUCUUUAGCGCUUAAAAACUUUUUAGAAGUACCUAUAAAUGUUAGACGAGAAUUAUACGAAGUAUACAAAGACGAUUUUGAAGCCUUUGGAUACACGCCAGAUAAAUACCUUCAAACUGUGAGUCACACGAACAGUGUUCAUCAGCAUUGAUAAUAUAUAGCACUACUUCUCUUUUUUAUUUUGGUAAAAUAAUGUAGUCUUCGUAACAUGAGCAUACACCUGUAUGCAGAAACACUCAGUAAAAAUAUAUUUCUCGCCCUAUUUCCUUCAUAUGUAUGAGAUUUGAACAUACACGACUUGCGAUUAAUUCAUAGAAACACUAUGACUGCUUGAACUAUUAUUAAGGCAGACUUAAAUUAAGAUGUGAGUCAAUGUGGAAAUGCUGUGUCCUAAUGUUGUAGAUACACAUAUCCAAACAGCUGUCUUACAAGAAAACUUAAUUCAUAUAGCCGUUCCUACAUUGCUCAUAAAAUGGGAUCCUUAAAGAUUGACAUUUUUUUUAAUAUUAUAAAAUUAUAUUUAAGUUACUGAACUGCUUUGCCUGACUACAAUAUCGAAGCUCAUUUAUUGUAGUCUAGUAACAAUUGUUUUUGCUGUAGCUACAUUUGUAAAUAAUUAAGUUUCUUAAUAUUCAAUGCUUAAAUCUCUGCGUAGGCGAAUCGGUGGUGUGGCUGUCAUAGGAACUUAAAAAGACCACAAGCCACUCCAACGGUUUCAACACUAUGGUUGGGAGGGAGCAAAAACGAAUAAUAUAUCUGUCCCAUGGAAAUUUAUGUAUUGGUUUUUUUUAUAUCGUCUUAGAAAACAUCUUAAGACAAAAGUGAUGCUUUUUCUCAACUUUGCAAAAUGACCAAAGAACUGCCGUUACAUCAAUAUUUUAGUUUAGAGUCCUAGGUCUUAAGAAUCAAAUACUGUAGCUGUGACCAAUAACAUGACUUAAAAUGAUAAAAGAAAUUUUAUUCUGCCGAGGAGUAACCUGAAUUGGUUGUGAGUGAAACCUAGCUAAAAGUACUUUCACUUUUAACUAUAAUAUGAAAUAAAGAUAGCUAAAAAUCAUAAUUAAAAAAGUGUAUAGCUAGCUAAGAUGGCUGAAAACUUUAAAAUAAAUAAUUUAAAUUUUGAAUGUAGCCAAAAAAGCGAAGGCAACACUGCAAUCAUGUUUUCUCGAAACAAAAUUUCAAAACACUUUAACUAACUUGUUUCUGAUUAAAAAUAAAACUCUAUUCAUGAUUUCGAUUCAAGUUUUGCAUAAAUUAUAGCAAUACGGUGUUCUCGGCAGUCCGCAUCCAAUUCUUAACAAAAUGAGAAAAUUUUGAAUAAAUUAAAAAUCAGCACGAAUCGUGCUGAUUUUUACCAGCUUGGCCCAGGGUCAUUUCUUCGCGCCGUCUCGGAUAUCAAAAAAGCAAAAAAUUGCCCUGGGAACGAGGUUGCUAAUCGAGCUAAGGACAUGUCCGACCAAACUGGAAAUGUAGCGGGCAUUUUGUCUGACGAGACUCCAAAAAUUAUUUCGAGGGCUGCCAUCGUACGCUAUAAAAUGGGUUGAUAGGUUGAUUUUUAAAACCCAAUAUUUAUUUUUCAAGCGUGCGAUUAAUUACACGCCUGAAACGAUUUUAUUUUUCUUUCUGCAGGCGCCAUUUCUACACGGGGGUAAUUUUUUUUACACAGUCCUUUUCCGCGUUCCAAGAUGGCGAUUGAGAAAGGCAUGUUCAAGUAAACAAAUUCAGUUUUAACUUUUGAAAUACAAUUUUGGUUGUAUUUAAUUACUUUUUUCUUUACUUUUGUACCUAGAUGUAACUAAUAUCAAGUUUUAUUUUUUACUGGACAGUACCUUUAAGAAAAAAAUCACACGCAGCAUUCUUUCAAAACCAGUUAGUAAUAAUAAGAUCGCAGUGAUUUUUAUUAAUUAGUCUUAAUUCAGCGUUCAAUUCUUCAGCGUUUUUUGUAUAAUGCUGGGGAUUUUCUCUUUUCUUAAUGAUCUUUAUAAUGCUUUGAAUUGGAGGACAGGUUAGAUGAGAAAACCUAUUCGGUCACUGUUAAGUGCGCAAUCUGUGCAUAAUGCAGAGACCUAUUUUAACGAGCAUUCUUUUUGGCCGAACUUUUCGCUAAAUAAAACGUAAUAUCUCUUUCCAUUCCCGUGGACUGAAAAGAUUGUGAAAAACGUUGACUGUGAUAAGGAAAAGGUUUUUUUUGCCAAGAAACGUGCGGUAAACAGUAACUUUAAAUCUGUUACGAUUAAAAAAAAUUCACUUUGUAACCCAUAUUAAAGGGGCUACGAUACGGCUGUUGACUUUCGUCUUCAGUUUCUUACGGUCGAGCUAAUGGCGGUGACAAAGUCAGGAUUUAUCUUAUAUACGUUUUUCUUUUAUAAAGCAUGACACUUAUAAGCACCCAUAGGCUUAAAUUUGGUAUUUUUUAAGCAUAUGCCAAGCAUUAUGUGAAGCCUAUUAAGAUAAGCUAGGAUAAUAAGUUUACAAAACAGGUCAUACGGUUAAUUAUUGAAAAAAAAUUUCCGAAUUUUGUCUUCCCACUUUUCCUGAUCUGACAGGACCAGGAUCAAAGCCAUACACGCAUGAACUUCAUCUUCUGUUGCAUUCUUGUGAUGCUUGAUAAAAGUUUUUAUGAUGUAACAAUAAUAAUAUAAAUUCUUGUCACGCAUCGAUGAAAGUAUUUUUUAAAGUAUACUGAACAAGUUCUUUAUAUUCAAGUUAGACUAAAACAAAGUUUACCGGUUUCAACAUACUGCACAGAAAUACGUCUGCAGAUCAUCUGUCGCUCUUUUCGCUUUUUUAAGGGAUAAGAAUCCACAUUUCUAACGAAAGUUUCACGCCAAUGCCUGCGAAGUUUAUUACACGCGACAAAGUGUAAGGGUAUGAAUGUGUAAGAACGAAAUAAAUAAAGAGUUCUUAUUGUAUAAUAAACUACAAUUUGAUAAUAUCGAUUAUAUUUUAGAUGUUAAACAUUCGAAAUACUACUUUAACUAAUUUUUUUUUGAUGGAAAUACAAACACGCAAACCCCUUGAAAACUAUUCGAAGAAAUAAAUCCGCUCUAUUGAAAAAAGCCAUUGUUUGUGUAUGUUUUGU